AUGUGGCUGUUGGUGUUGAAGUGCUUGCUGCUAUGUACUCUGAUGAAAGAGAGCCAGUGCUGCUCCCCAGUGAACUUCACUUUACAGAUGGAGAACAGCGAAUGUGACCAGUGCGUGGUCAUCAACACCACCAUCUGCAGCGGCUUCUGCUACACUCAGGAUACAAACCUGAGGGGUCGAUUUGGCAGAAAAUUCCUGGUUCAGCGCAGUUGCCUGGCCCUCUCUCUGGUGUAUCAUCCCAUACAUUUACCUGGCUGUCCUCUCAAUGGGACGCACCUGUUUUAUCCUGUGGCCAAGCGUUGUAGCUGCAGGCGCUGUGACACUCGCACACACCACUGUGUUCAGACUGGACAGAUGCCUCGUGUCUCACUGUGUUCAAACUAUCAGGAAGAUGAAGAGAAGGACCCAUCCAUCAAAGGAAACCUAAGUAUUCACAGAGAGUAG